GACUGCGCAUGCGGCAUGCUGAGUCGGCGCAUGCGCGCGCUCUGCAGAGGGAGAUUUGAAAUGGCGGCGGCGGCGGCGGCCCGGGCUGGAGGGGGAGAGGCCGCGGUGAAGAUCCCGGCCGUGCGGGCCCAGGCCCGGGGAGAGGCCGCGGUGAAGAUCCCGGCAGUGCGGGCCCAGGCCCGGGGAGAGGCCGCGGUGAAGAUCCCGGCCGUGCGGGCCCAGGCCCGGGGAGACAGCGGCCCGGAGCUCGGCUUCAGCGGCCCUGGCGAGGGGGAGGGAGAGGGGCCGCAGUAUGGGGCCGGUGUACCCGGGGAAGAGGGGCCGGGACCCGGGCGGGCGGGGGAGGAAGGGUCGGGGCCCGACUGCGGGGCUGGACUGCGGGCUGGAGAUGGGAAACCGGCCGGCGGCGGCGGCCUGGGCCCCGGGUGGCGCUCCAGUGUUGGGGCGAGGCCCGACGCCGAUCUGUCCGUGCUCUUCCCCGGACAAGUGACUCGGCGAAGCUGCUGCCGCCUGGUGGGUGAGCUGCUGAAACAUGUCCUGUACCAGAGGCAGCAGCUGCCGCUCCCCUACGACCAGCUGGCCUUCUUCAGCAGGAGAGACUGCAACCCGGAUGACAGUUCUGUGAUGCCACGAUCAUUAAGAAAUGAGCAAAAUAAUUGCAAGAAAUCUCAGAGAAUACUGCUGGAACUGGAAGAGGUUUUUCAGAAUUUGGAGACACUGUUUAUGUUGACACUGGUUCCUUGCGUGCACAUCCUAUUAGGUGGCAGUGUUGUCAAUCCAAAGGAAAUGUACGAGGUCAACAUGGAGCAAGUUGCCUUUGGCAGCAAUGAAGAGAGCUUGAAAACAAUUUCAUGCAUCCGUCAACUUUUUCACACACUCUUUAUCAAGGAUCUCUUCAACGAGCUGAAAUCUGCUCCUCUGAUGAACACUGUGCUUCUUGUUCAAGCUCAAAGGAAUUGUGGAAUACAAUGGUUUCGACCCAAACUGAACUACAGGGUUCCAACUCGCACCAGGAGGCUGAUUAUUAGCAUGGCCAGUGACACCGUCAGUUUAACUUCAGCUUUGGAACAGAGACCAAGCUACAACAAUGAUGAUUACAUUUGGUUUCAAGCGCCCAUAACAAUCAAGGGAUUUCAUUAUUUAUGAUAAUCUUAGCUGCAUCUUUUUACAAUAAUUGUGUGGCUUCUUAGCUGCAUCGUUUUACAGUAAUUGUGUGGUUUUAAAGUUAAAACAAGGCUUGCCUUUGGGCUUCUUGUACCAGUGGGGAUGGUAUUGUAUUUAUUAUCAUGUAGUGAAAUUCAGUGAAAAGCUUUGAUUGUGUGCAAUCCAGUUAAAUCAUACUAUACAGGAAUCAAGUCAUACAGGUGCAACAGGUGGUACAAAGGGAGAACUUGCGUUGCAGAAUAUGGUGUUGCAGAGAAAAUGUGCAGUCCAGGAGAUAGGUCGGAAGAUCGUGACCACACCAUAGCUAUGGGAGGACAGUUCAGUUGUCUGUAAACAGGAAGGGAGAAGCUGUUUCUGUGUCUGAUGGUACGCGCUUUAAAGCUUUCGUAUUUUCUACCCAAUGGAAGAGGGAAUGACCAGGGUGAAAAUGGUCCCUGAUUAUAUUGGCUGUUCCUGACGAAGCAUUAAAUGUAUAUGGAAUUGAUUUUGGGGGAGGUGGGGGCUUGGUGAGGUUUGACUACAUCCACAAGUGCAUUUUCUGAUGGACUUGGGCAGAGCUGUGCCAAACCAAGCUGUGAUGCAAGCUGAGAUCAUGCUUUCUGUGGUGCGUCUGUAGAGUUGGUAGGAGUCACUGGAGAUAUACUGAACCUCCUAAGCCUUCUGGGAAAUAGAGGCGCUGGUUUGCCUUCUUGGCUAUAGGUUUUAUAUGGAUGGUCCCGGACAAACUGUUGGUGAUGUUUAUGCCUAGGAAUUUGAAGUUCCCGACCAUCUGCACUUCAGAACCAAUGAUGCUGAUUGGGGUGUAACAGAAUCUCACUUCCCGAAGUUAAUAAUUAGCUCUCACAUCUUGGUGGCAAAGUUAUCUUUACAUCAAUAUUCCUAAACACUCUAUCUCCUUUCUGUAGGCUGCUUUGUCGUUGUUUGAGAUCUAGUUCAUCACAGAGAUGUCAACUGAAAAUUUAUGAUGUUAGAGCAGAAUUUGGCUGCAGUCAUAUUGUACAGGCUGAGAAUGCAGUCUGUUGGGUUUUUAGAAUGAUUGUGGAAAAUGUUUUGUCGCCUUUUCUCACUGAUUGUGGUUUAUGAGUCGGGAAAUAAAGGAUCCUUGUGCUGAGGAGGAGCUAUACAAUUAGUGGUUGGGAUUAUGGUGUUGAAGGCAGGGCAAGGGUCAAUGGUCUUGUGGACAUGUUAGAGAUAUUCAAGCUGAGUGUAGGUUCCCAUUGUGGACCUGAAGCGACGGUAGGCAAACUGCAGUCGACCAAGGCUGUCUGGGAGGCUUAAGUUAAUGUACGCCAUGACCAGCCUCUUGAAGAACCUCAUGAUGGUAGAUGUCAGAGCCACUGGACGGUGGUCAUUAAUGCACUCUACUUGCUUUUGAUAAAAAACUAGGAUUUUCUGGGGUGAUCCUUCCUAAAUGAGGUUAAAUCAGGCCUGCCUUUGUGACAAUACCUAAUUAGAGAUGUGAACUGUUUAAUUGCCAUCUUGGACAGGAAUACUGAUUUUUAAUUGUAAUUACUUGAUACUCUUGCUUCUGAGUAACUGUUGCCCCCUGGACACCUUUGCUGAAAAGUAUUGAGCAUGGUUACCUAUUUUGGAAAGCUAUCCAGAGGGCAGGAAUGGACUUGGCUUCACAAUAAGGAGUUGAUCCUUGACCAAAACACAAAGGAAUGCUACAGACUCUGGACCAAUCCCAAGAACAAUCAGUAUUUUGGGGUGUAAAAUGCUGUCCUAACACUCUUUACAAUGCAUUUAAUAACAGCAUUGUAAAAGCUUUAAGUAUCUCGAUUUAAAAAAAAUUAAUUGCAAGCCGUAUUGUAUCAACAUCCAGUUUUCAAAUAUGAUGCUCAAAAUCAACGCAUUUAUUUUUUAAAUAGCAGAACAUGAAAAAUAAAUGUAUUUAUCAAAAAACCUGUGCUUUAGUGGAACUUCAUUGACCACUCCUGAACUUGCAACUUGGUGUUCAAGAUGAUGGUAACAUCUAAAGCUUCAGUUCAGACAGCAAAC